AUGGAUUCAUCAAUGGAAUAUCUCACCGAUCUCGAAGGAACACAGGUCACGUUUGAUGCCGUUGCAGAGCCACCAUUCAACUUCCCUGCCCAGACAUGGACGAUACUUGAGAAGCUCGACGAGGAGUCGAAUUGCCUGACAGACGAAGACAUCGCCGCGGAGCUCGGGCCCUCAGAUACGGUCGGGAAGUUCCUAUGCCGACCUGCUAGUGAGGAAGACGACAACAGGCGCGCAUUCUUGCGUAUCUACCAACAGGUCCCUAUAGCUGGAACUGAAACGAAAAGGGCCGCCAUACGGGCUAGCCAGGCCGUCGACACCCCUCCCGACCACUCAGAACUGAUUGCUUUCCGGAAAUUCACAGAGCUAGGUUGUGAUGUUGUUCCUCGACUGCUAGGCUAUCAACAGCGCCAGCAAGACCACGAUGAGGGUGUUCCUGGGGGAUACAUUACGUACAUUCUAUGGGAAAAAGUCCCCGGCGAGUCUCUUAACUUGACCGGAUUCUGGAGGCUACCCUUUGCCGAUCGCCAGGCCAUCCGCGAUAAAUUUCGCCAAGUCUAUGAGUAUGAUUAUGUAGUGACCACUGCGAAGCAUAGGGCUAACAGAGAGCAGAAGGUUUUUGCCGUGCGGGUAUAUGCCAUGUAUGGCUGGCAUAUCUGCGGGUUCAAAUGCGCAUCUCCGUUUGACGAACCUCAACAGUGGGAUGAUGUUAACUACUUCCAAUACGGAUUAAUUCAACCCUCCGAUAGCCCGUUCUACUGGGAAGGAACACCACCCGAAACGGAGGAUUGGAUCGAAGAUGAAAACGGCUGGACGUGGUGA